AUACAUUUUUUAUAUUUAACAUUGUCAAACUAAUAAGAGUGGGGUCCUGUCUAAAAAAUUGUGCUUGAUUAAAUGCGAACCUUUUGAUACGGAAAUUAGGCGGUUGCAUCUGUCGGUACGGUCGCUUCCGGUUCCAUUGGAACAGGAAAUCGGAUUUAAUGGAACAGCAAGCUAUGCAUCGCGGCUCGCUACGGUGGCUUCGAUUGCACUGCAGUGACUGCACACUGCACAGCGUUUUUGGAAACUCAAAACUUGAAAAAAUCUUAUUUUUAUUAUAAAUAUUAUUUAUAAUUUAUUUAAGUAAUUUAACCGUUUAACAUAGAAAAACUGAUCUGAGGAAAUUCUCUCUUUCUAUUUUCAAUUCGUUUUCGGUAAAUUAUCAAUCUGGCAAUAGCUUGAACUGUUAACUGCUAUCCCUAAUACCUCCCUUUGUGAGAAUUCGACUGGGAAAGUGGAGAACAGCAUCACAGCAUGGCAGCCAAGCCUCGUGGAAAGCCCGAAACCCAGAUCAACGACAUAGUCCCCAUGUCACCCGAGCCCCCCUACGAUCCUCUGCAUUCCGCCUUCACCACCGAUCUCCACGCCGCGCAGACCCACAUGUCGCACAUCAUCGACAACCUGAAUCUAGUCAGCGCCGUCUACGACUCGGCGGCCACCCUUCCAUCCGACCAGUACAAUUCCCUGGUCUCCGCGCUCUCCCUGCGUCUCCUCACCUCCCUCACGCACUACCGCCACCACGCCCGCGCCCUCACCAUCCAUUCCCGCAGCGCCCAGGAAGCGCAACAAGCGGCCACCAAUCAGCCCAGCGCCGAUAUGGCCAAACUGGAGCGGCUGCAGGGGGAACUGGAUACCACACGGUCGGCCGUGGGCCGACUGGUAGCGCCCGAUUAUUCCGUCUUUCGCGAUCUGCGCAUGGUCAGUCGGGAUGAACUGGAGCGGCUGUAUCCGGAGACGGGACGUGAGAUAGAGAGCGGGGAUCGGCAGCAUCGGAUGUUGUUGGGGCAGAUGAACCACGAGAUGGAACGGCGGAGAGGGGUGAUGCGGGAGUUGGAAGAGCUGGAACGAGAGAAACGCGUGCUGCAAGAACAGAUCAAGAAACGGAAGGAAACGAUGACCCUGGCCAACAUCGACGUGGAGAGUGCCGGCCAACUCUUGAAGUUUCUAUCCCAGAAGUUGGGUGUUGACGCGGAAGAUAUGAAACAGGAUCUGAGUGAGUUGGAAUCGCCGAUUCUGGAGUUGUUCCAAAGUAUUCAAGACCGCCGCAAUGAUACCGCCACCGGCAGCACCGACGUAGAGAUGGCCGAGCCGACCUCCUCCGCGGUUCCCACGCCGGAGGCCCCGGCGGAAGCCAUGGUGGAGGAGGUGGCCCGGGAGGAAGGCGAGGCGUCCGAUGAGGGCGAUGAUGAAGUGGUUGCGCUUUGACAAGCCUAUUUAUCGGAAAGAAAUGGAUGAUUUUGGUUGUAUUUUUUUGGGGACGGUAGUUGUUUUAGUUGAAGGGAUCGCUAUCUUGCACUGUAUGGACGCCUGUACCAUCGAUUUAUCCGUACGUUGUUGAGAAAUUUCGUUGUGGAUUUGCAUUGUUUUAAAGCGGAAUCGAUGGGGUAACUUUCUAGACGACACUAAUUCCAGGUUGCCCAAUGUGUAUUGGACUAAUUGGAGUUAACUCACUGUCAGUUUCUGUGAGCAUGUCAAAAAUUGGUUAAAAUAAACGAUGUC